AUGUUUGGGAAGAGGGAACGAGUGCGUGCACAUCACUUGGGCCUGAAUCAGUUGGCUUCCGUAAAACCGCACGAAGUGGAUCAUCUCCCGCUGCUUCGUGAACUCGUAGCCCGGAUGUUGGACUUCCGGCUCAAGGACCCAUUUGUUUCGCUUGGCUGGUUAAGCCCUGCACAAAAGUUGAUUUUUGAUGAGUACUGCAACCGCUACGGCAUCCGAUCCUGUCAGCGUCACUUGAUUUUUCUCCAAGAACUGAUCAGGUACGGUGAAGAGGAUAUAACAAUUGACAUGGAGCUGUUACAUCAGUCUUACGUCAUCUGCGCGGAUCAUGUCCACGGAAAGGCGUAA